AUGAGGUCCAUCAUUUUGCUAAUUAUCGGCAUAGUACAAUUCACAAUAGGAGUACAAAUAAACAAAGGAAUCCUUCCUAUCGUAGAUGGAGGUUCAACAUUCCCCUCGGGAGGUGAACGCUGUUUUAUUCUAGGGGAAACUGACCCCACAGUGGUGUUAACAGCAGGAACUGUGAUAGCGUUCGAAGCCUGGAUCGGACUUAUUGCCCCCUUGUCAUUCCAAGUAUGGAGACCCAGACCGGGAGAACAUCAUGAACUCAUAGGACAAGUUAGAGUCCCAGAUGAUGUACUGAAGAUUGGAUAUUUUAAAUUUAUUCUCGAUUCGACAGACUGGUUCCACAUAGCAGAUGGAGACAUGCUAGGGUUUUACGCCCACACACUAGAAAAUCCUGUAUCCGCCACAUUUAACAUCAACUCAAAGAUUAAUCUUCUGGGAGCUGAUGAACCAUACACCGUUGGUGAUAUUGAGACAUUUGAUGAUAUUCAAUAUCCUUAUUCAUUCGCAAUUGCAGUUACUUAUUUAGAAAAUGAAUUUUUGGUUACCACUGGCACCCCAGAAAUAAGCACUCAGGCGUCCACAACACAAGAGCCGACUACUCAAGAGUCCACUACACAAAGGCCCACUACACAAACGUCAACAUCAACAACACAAGAGCCUAUAACACAAGAGUCCACUACACAAGAGCCAACUACAGAGAAACUAACAUCACAAGAGCCCACAACUACAAUUAUAAGCAAAGUGAAAAGAGGAAUCCUUCCUAUCGUAGAUGGAGGUUCGACAUUCUCCUCAGGAGGCGAGCAUUGUUUCAUUCUGGGGGAGACUGACCCCACGGUGGUGUUAACAGCAGGAACGGUGAUAGCGUUCGAAGCCUGGAUCGGACUUAUUGCCCCCUUGUCAUUCCAAGUAUGGAGACCAAUGCCGGGAGAACAGCAUGAACUUAUAGGACAGGUCCAAAUCCCAGAUGAUGCACUAACGCUAGGAUAUUUCAAUUUUACUCUCGAUUCGACAGACUGGUUCCACAUAGCUGACGGAGACAUGCUAGGGUUUUACGCACACACACUAGUAAAUCCUGUAUCCGCCACAUUUAACAUCAAUUCGAAGGUGAAACUGCUUGGAGCUGAUGAACCAUACAAUGUUGGUGAUAUUGAGACAUUUGAUGGUAUUCGAUAUCCUUAUUCCUUCGCAAUUGCAGUUACUUAUUUAGAAAAUCAAUUCUUGGUAACGACUGGUGCGCCAGAGCCCACUACAUUAAAUAAUACAGCACAAGAGCCUACUACAUUAAGGUCUACUUCUCCAGAGCCAACUACACAAAAGCCCAUGACACAAGAGCCCACUACAUUAAGGCCUACUACUAAAGAGCCAACUACAAAAGAGCUCACGACACAGGAACCGAUAACACAAGAGCCCACCACACAAGGGUCCACAACUACAAUUAUAAGCCAAGUGAAGAGAGGAAUCCUUCCUAUCGUAGAUGGGGAUUCGACAUUCCCCUCUGGAGGCGAGCGUUGUUAUAUUCUGGGGGAAACUGACCACACAGUGGUGUUAACAGCAGGAACUGUGAUAGCGUUCGAAGCCUGGAUCGGACUAAUUGCUCCCUUGUCAUUCCAAGUAUGGAGACCACAGCCGGGAGAACAGCAUGAACUUAUAGGACAAGUCCGAGUCCCAGAAGAUGUAUUAACGCUAGGAUAUUUCAAUUUUAUUCUCGAUUCGGCAGACUGGUUCCACAUAGCUGACGGAGACAUGCUAGGGUUUUACGCACACACACUAGUAAAUCCUGUAUCCGCCAUAUUUAACAUCAAUUCAAAGGUGAAACUGCUUGGAGCUGAUGAACCAUACGAUGUUGGUGAUAUUGAGACAUUUGAUGAUAUUCAAUAUCCUUAUUCCUUCUCAAUUGCAGUUACUUAUUUGGAAAGCCAAUUUAUGGUGACUCCUGGUACGCCAGGGCCCACAACACUUGAGUCAACUACACAAAAUCCCACAACGCAAGAACCCACUUCAUUAAGGUCUACUACUCAAGAGCCAACUACACAAGAGCUCACAACACAGGAGCCCACAACACAAAAGUCCACAACACAAGAGUCCACUAUACAGGAGCAAACCACACAAGAGCCCACAACUACAAUUAUAAGCCAAGUGAAAAAAGGAAUCCUACCAAUUGUAGAUGGGGGUUCGACAUUCCCCUCGGGAGGUGAACAUUGCUUUAUUCUAGGGGAGACUGACCCCACAGUGGUGUUAACAGCAGGAACUGUGAUAGCGUUCGAAGCCUGGAUCGGACUAAUUGCCCCUUUGUCAUUCCAAGUAUGGAGACCCAGGUCGGGAGAACAGCAUGAACUUAUAGGACAAGUUAGAGUCCCAGAUGAUGCGCUAAAGAUUGGAUAUUUUAACUUUACUCUCGAUUCGGCAGACUGGUUCCACAUAGCAGAUGGAGACAUGCUGGGGUUUUACGCCCACACACUAGUCAAUCCUGUAUCCGCCACAUUUAACAUAAAUUCAAAGGUUAAUCUGCUUGGAGCUGAUACACCAUACGCCGUUGGUGAUAUUGAGACAUUUGAUGAUAUUCAAUAUCCUUAUUCCUUCGCAAUUGCAGUUACUUAUUUAGAAAAUCAAUUUCUGGUAACUACUGGUGCACCGGACUCCACUACACAAGACCCCACCACACAAGGGUCCACAACAAAAGAUCCAACAACACAAGAGCCCACUCCACAAGAGUCCACGACAGGUCCAGCCGGAUCACAGGGUCCCGGAACACAAGGACCACCGGGGAAAGAUGGACUAAAGGGGGACCAGGGUGAAAAGGGUGAUAUGGGCAGUAAGGGAAAUAAAGGAGAUUUGGGAAACAAAGGAGAAAUUGGACCAUCGGGCCCUGCUGGCGUGAAAGGCGAACCAGGACCAGAAUUCACAGAUAUUGAUGAGUGUUCGGCUUCCUACGACGAUGGAUGUACGCAAGUGUGCAUGAAUACAUUCGGUAGUUACAAGUGUGGUUGUGAUCCUGGAUACGCUCUCAGUAAAGAUGACAAUAACAAUUGUACAGAUAUUGACGAGUGCUCUACAAACAAUGGGAUGUGUCAGAUGACGUGUAUAAACACUAUUGGUAGCUACAGCUGCGAAUGUCCUGCUGGACUUCAACUUAGUAAAGAUGGACACACGUGUAUAGACAAAGCAGAGUGUGAAGUCAACAAUGGUGGAUGUGCAAGCGAUGAGAUAUGUCUGGAUGUCUAUGGUAGAGCUUAUUGUGUACUGUCCACUCAGUUGUCAUCAACUAAUAAAGAUGUGCCAAGAUUGAUGGAUGAUUUAUUAAACAGAACAGUGAUCAUAGGCCUGAUAAUCUGGCUAUGCAUGCUGUCACUAAUGGUGCUAAUGAUGAUACCUUGUAUGCUAUCCAUCGCAAGUACAGCCAAAGAAGCAGAAAAUAACUUGAUAAUAUUUAGAUGACAGGAUACAUAUUAACAUGGACAAAGACAAAAUGGACUAUUUAUUUAUUUUUUGAUAUUUCUUAAAACCAUGAAAUCAUUGUAUUGUGGAAGCAAACAAAAUCAGGCAUCGAAUCUACUUAAAUACACUCUCCUUCACAAGUUUUGCAAGCAGACGUCUUCUUUUGGAUAAAAAACCAAAGUAAGUUUACGUUCGACGAUUAUUGAAUUGUCGUGCAAUAUCGAACUAUUGUAUUGUAUUGUAGUGAAAUUGUAUCGUAUUGUAUCGUAUUGUAUUGCAAUUGAUGAACAAAUUGAAAAUUUUAUAUAUUAGAUAUGAUACCCAAUGAAAACUAAUAAGAGCCAAACUUAUGGAGUGGUGUGUAUAAAUAAAAUGUUAGCUUUAUGAUUAGUUUACCUCUCAAGAUUUUUCAUCGUGGCAUACAUUCAUUGUGCUCAUGCAUUACUAGUUUGAAGCUAAAUAUUUACAUCUUGGCCUAUGCCACUUAAGAUUACUUGGGUUUGGGAAACCUUUUGAACAUCCUUCACAUAUAUAUGGUCUCACUCCAGUGUGAAUGUUCAAAUGAU